AUGGGACUCGAAAAUUUCCACGAAAUGAGUUUGGCGCAAUUAUUGGUUAAUAUGAUUUCUGAAGAGAGCACAACGACAAGUGCUAUGCGUCACUCGUUACACAUUGAUUCAGUGAAACACAAGGAUGCUCAACAAAGAAAAAAACAGAAUUCUGAACGUGAAAUGAGCCAAUUGUUAAUAUCAAAUCAUCAACAGAAACGUGGGCCAAAUCUUUCGGAAUCCAAUAUGGAUUUAUGUAAAACUUUAAUCGUAGCCAACAUUCCAUUAAAUAAAUUGAAUCAUCCGAGUGUAGUACAAUUCAUAGAAAAAUACACUUCACAAUCAGUUCCAGAUCAAAGCACCCUUCGUCGUAAUUAUGUGCCACAUUUGUAUGAAAAAUCGAGUGAAAAAUUGCGUUUAAAAGCUGAUGGAGAACAUAUUUGGGUUGCUCUGGAUGAAACAACGGAUAUUGAAAAAAUAUCAGUUGCGAAUUUUGUUUUUGGCAUAUUGGAUGAUGAAAAUGAGCGCGGCAAAUCUUAUUUGUUGAACGUUAAAGAAUUAGACAAAUGUGACGCCAACACGAUCGCAAUAUUUUUUACUGAAUCGAUGUUACUUUUAUGGCCUAAAGAGCAGUCAGUGGAAUGGCGGUCGCCACUGUGCCAACUCUUUGUGGACUUUGAGCGCGCUUUUGACACAUUGAACAGGCGCGCAAUUUGGUCUACCUCGAGGACUAAUGGAGUACCGGAAAAAAUCGUCACCAUCAUUCAAGAACUUUAUGAGGGAGCUGCGUGCAGUGUACUCUUCAAAGGCGAAACGAGCGAGUUGUUCAGUAUUCACAAUGGUGUGCGUCAGGGUGGUGUGUCGUCGCCGCUUCUGCUUAUCACUGUACUUGAUGAUAUUAUAAGAAAAACAAAUAUCGAUAUUCCAUCGGGCAUUCAUUGGCGCCCAUAUCAGAAGCUCUGCGAUCUGGAUUAUGCCGAUGAUAUAUGCUUUUUGACACACAAAUUGUCUGAAGCACACGCUAAACUUACUGCCUUAAUACGAUAUGCAAGCCAAGUUGGAUUGCGAGACAGCUUCAAAAAAACGAAGCUUAUACGUAUCGAAACUCCAAAUCAGGACGCACAGACGCUUGAAGAGGGUGGCACGCUGGUUACAAUUGAGGACAUCGGAAACUUCUGCUACCUUGGCAGCAUAGUGUCAAAAAAUGGUGGAGCGGAAGCUGAUGAUGAAUCAAAUCUGGUUAUCAAGACAUAUUAG